AUGCCUCCCUCGCUCCACGCAAUCCUCCUCCAGCUGCUGAUCCCCCUCCUGCUGCUCCCAUCGGGCUCGCGGACCCAGUGGCAGGGGGCUCAAGGGGAUCAGGGGGCUCAAGGGGAUCAGGGGGGUCAAGGGGCGGAGGGAGAGCCCUUGGUGCUGGUGGCUGUGAUCGCGAGGAACGCGGCGCACAGCUUGCCCUACUGCCUAGGCGCGCUGGAGAGGCAGACGUACCCCCCGCGGAGACUCGCCUUCUGGCUGUCCACAGACCACAACGAGGACGACACGAGCCGUGUGGUGCGGGAGUGGGCGGAGGGGGCGCGGAGCGUCUACCACAGCGUGGAGGUACGCGUGGACGACACGGACAGCGCCUACCCCGGCGAGAAGGGCUGCAAGCACUGGCCACGUGAUCGCUUCCAGCGUGUGCUCAGCCUGCGCCAGGAGGCGCUCGACUCGGCCAGGAGCCUGGGAGCAGACUUCGUGUUCCUGGUGGAUGCGGACGUGGUGCUGUGGAACCCCUCCACGCUGGGGGUCCUGGUGGGGGAGCGGCGGGCCGUGGUGGGGCCCAUGCUGACGUCACGCACCGCCUACUCCAACUACUGGAGCGGCAUCACCGACAAGGGCUACUACCGCCGCACGGCCGAGUACCUGCAGCUGCGGGAGCGGCGGCGCCGCGGUUGCCACCGCGUGCCGAUGCUGCACUCGGCGCUGCUCCUGCACGUGGGAGAGGCUGACGCGGGGGCGCUGGCGUUCCACCCGCCCCCCCCGGACUACAGCUGGCCCUACGAUGACGUCAUCGUGUUCGCUCACUCGUGCAUGCGCGCAGGCGUGGCCAUGCACGUGUGUAACUCGGAGGAGUAUGGCCACGUCCCCGUGCCUCUCAAGCCCUCGCAGGGAAUGCAGGAGGAGAGGGCCUCCUUCCAGCACCUGCUGCUGGAGAUCAUGGUCGAUCAGCCACCGCCCACUCCGUCUCCCUUCAUCUCCAUGCCACCCAAGCACGCGGACAAGAUGGGAUUUGAUGAGGUGUUCCUGAUUAACCUCCAGCGUCGUCCCGAGCGCCGUGCCCGCAUGCUGCACUCGCUGGGCGAGCUCCAGAUCGACGCCAGCGUCGUCGACGGCGUGGACGGAGCCACGCUGAGCGACGAGGCGCUGCGGGCCAUGGGGGUGGCGAUGCUGCCCGGCUACUGGGAGCCGUACUCCGGCCGGCGGCUGCUGACGCGCGGCGAGAUCGGCUGCUUCCUGAGCCACCACCGCGUGUGGGAGCAGGUGGUGUCCCGGGGCCUGAGCUCCGUGCUGCUCUUUGAGGACGACUGCCGCUUCGAGCAGAACUUCCGCCACCGCUUGGAGCUCACGAUGGCCGAGGUUUCGGCGCAGGGGCUGCAGUGGGACCUCAUCUACGUGGGGCGCAAGCGCAUGCAGGUGGAGCGCCCCGAGGCGGCGGUGCCGGGCGUGCGGGCCCUGGUGGUGCCCGACUACUCCUACUGGACGCUGAGCUACGCGCUGUCGCUGCGCGGCGCGCAGAAGCUGCUGCUGGCGCAGCCCCUCAGCCGCAUGGUGCCCGUGGACGAGUUCCUGCCCGUCAUGUACGACAAGCACCCCACGAGGGAGUACUGCGCCCCGUUCUCCCCGCGCGACCUGCUCGCGUUCUCGCUGGAGCCGCUGCUCGUCUACCCGUCGCACUACGCGGGCCAGGCGCUCUACGUCAGCGACACCGAGGCCUCCGCGCUCUGGGGCGACGGCGGUGGCGGCAGCGGUGACCAGGCGGGGUCGCUGGGGUCGCUGGGGUCGCUGGCGGGGGGGGCCCGGGGCGCCAAGGGGGCCCGGGGUGCGAGGGGGUCGGGCGUCGUGGGGGUCGCCGCCUCCCGGGACGAGCUCUAGCGGACAGCGGCCGCGACGACGCUCGAUGAGGGGCGUUCUUGGCCUGCUCUUCCACCGGGGGGCGCGGACGUUGUCACGGACCUGUGGAUCGCAGACGAACUGCG